AAUUUUUAGUUGAGAUGCAAAAGAAUCCUUCUCUCUCUCUUUCAAGUCCUGCAGCCCACGCAGCACGCCCCUAUUGGAAAUUUGAAAGGAUAUCCCAGAUUUUGCUCAGCUCUCAACCUCCGGAUAAUCUCACGCAGCGAUGUGGGUGUUUUCGUUUUCAUGAAAUUGAGGAACUUAGCUUGUAGGCAACCUCAUAUUUCGAUGGGAGAUUACAAUGGUGGUAAUUAUGUGGAUAUCAAUGAAGUGCCUUCUCCUAGGUUACAUGACUUUAAGAAAGUAUCAGUUUUACCCCUUGUCUUCCUCAUCUUCUAUGAGGUUUCCGGAGGUCCGUUUGGGGUUGAGGACAGUGUACAAGCAGCUGGUCCGCUAUUGGCCCUUCUUGGUUUCUUGGUCUUUCCCAUAAUAUGGAGUAUCCCUGAGGCAUUGAUUACAGCUGAGAUGGGCACCAUGUUCCCUGAAAAUGGAGGUUAUGUUGUAUGGGUUUCGUCUGCGUUGGGCCCCUACUGGGGAUUCCAGCAAGGAUGGAUGAAAUGGCUAAGCGGGGUGAUUGAUAAUGCUCUCUACCCAGUUCUUUUUCUUGAUUAUUUGAAGUCUGGAAUUCCAGCUUUAGGCGGUGGCAUCCCAAGAGCUGCAGCAGCUCUAGUCUUGACGUUUGUGCUCACUUACAUGAACUAUAGAGGCUUGACUAUCGUGGGUUGGGCUGCAGUUCUUUUAGGGAUCUUUUCCAUUCUUCCUUUUGUGGUUAUGGGAUUGGUGGCAAUGCCAAAGUUGGAUCCUUCAAGAUGGUUUGUGGUGAAUUUGCGUGAUGUCGACUGGAAUUUGUAUUUGAACACCCUCUUUUGGAAUUUAAAUUACUGGGACUCAAUUAGUACGCUUGCUGGAGAGGUGGAUAACCCAAAGAAAACUCUACCUAAAGCUCUUUUUUAUGCUUUGAUAUUGGUUGUUCUUGGUUAUUUCUUCCCACUUUUGAUUGGCACUGGGGCUGUCCCACUCAAUCAGGAUUUGUGGACUGAUGGAUAUUUCUCUGAUAUUGCUCAAAUGCUUGGAGGAGUUUGGUUGAGAUGGUGGAUCCAAGGAGCUGCAGCUAUGUCAAAUAUGGGAAUGUUUGUAGCUGAGAUGAGCAGUGACUCUUUUCAGCUUUUGGGUAUGGCAGAACGAGGAAUGCUGCCUGAGUUCUUUGCUAAGAGAUCCCGUUAUGGAACACCUCUUAUUGGGAUCUUGUUUUCAGCUUCUGGUGUUAUUUUGUUAUCAUGGCUCAGCUUCCAAGAGAUUGUAGCAGCAGAGAAUUUCUUGUACUGUUUUGGAAUGAUAUUGGAGUUUAUAGCGUUUGUACAGCUAAGGAUAAAAUACCCAGAUGCACCUCGGCCUUACAAGAUACCUGUGGGAACAAUUGGAGCCAUUCUUAUGUGUGUUCCUCCAACCAUAUUGAUUUUUGUUGUGUUAGUGCUGUCAACAUUCAAAGUAAUGGUUGUAAGCCUCAUUGCUGUGGCUAUUGGCCUUGUGCUGCGGCCCUGUCUCAAGUUUGUCGAGAGAAAGAGGUGGAUGAAGUUCUCUGAAAGUGCUGAUCUGCCAGACCUUCAUAUUGCUAAUCCGGAGAGCAUUUAUUCCUUGGUAGAUUAACCAAGACUUGCCAGUGAUGAUGUCACAUGUUGGUGGUUAGAUGUCAAGACCAAAAACCCAUUUGCUGUAGCUUUUCUAUUUGUAAAGGCAAUUAUAAACAACCAUGCAGUAGCUGUGUUUUAUAAAUUUAUGGUCUUGUUAAAAUAUUAGGGGUAUCUUUGUGUUUUAUGAGCAUAAUGGUUUCCUUAAAUACUUGAGGAGCAUCUUUAUGUUUUGGAAACACAGUGGUGUUGUUAAAUGCUCAGGAUCAUUCUUACGUCUUAUUGAACAAAUUGAUCUUAUUAAACGCAUAGGCAUAUGGGGCCAAGAGCUGUUUAUCA